AUGCCUAACGUCGACGAGGGCUGCAUGAUUUUCGUUCACGUUCAACAGGCUACCCAACGUCCCAUCUGUAACCGUCUCCACACAUACACCGGCAAGUACAUCUGCACAAAUAUCUGCGACAUCAUGAUAUCGGACACACAGAAACUGGGUUCGACUCCCAGGCGAAGAUUGAGGCAUUAUAUACUGUAUCUCUCUUUUUCUCUCGUCGUCAAUUACAGCACCACCACCAUCGUUUCAAUCGUGCACGCCAAUACCCAACUAAUUGACAAUCACAACCCGCCUACCCACCCACCUCUCCUUGAAGCCCACAUAACCUCCCCAUACCCAACCCUCCGUUCGUAUACCGGAAAUAGAAAUAGCAAGUACGUGCACAAAGACUGGACAUGUAACCCUCCGCUCGCUGAAUGGUUCGCGCGAAAAGACUGGGUUCGAUUCCCAGACAGAGGUGUCAAAGCUCGAACCAAUUUUUACAAUCGCGCAUCCGAGUCACGGUCACAGCUCCCUCGAUUUGUACCUGCAAUUGACGAUUACAAAACACCCGCCUACCCACCCACCUCCCAUUCAAGACCGCAUAACCCUUACACAACAAACCCUCCGUUCGUAUACCGGCAGUACGUGUGCUACCAUUCCCAGACGGGUAUGAGACUUGAUGGAUGUCCCCUCGAUUUGUACUCGCAAUUGGCAACACAAAACACGCACCCAUCUACCUCCCAUUCAACGCCCCAUAAACCCUUACACAUCCAAUCCUCCACUCGAUGGAUGGGUACACGCAAAGACUGGGUUCGAUUCCCAGACGGAGAAGAGGCGCUAAACAUAUUCGACCCAAUUUUACAGCUUCCCGAUCAAUUGGUGAUCGCAAAACAUGCACCCAUCUACCUCGUUCCCCUUCAAGUUCCGCGUUUGACUGAUGUACUACGUGUGCCUACUAUAGGCCUACUAUCUGUGUCUGCAUUAAAAGAAGUACGCGCAAAGACUGGGUUCGAUUCCCAGACGGACACUCGUAAAUGGCAUGUCGACCAAUUUUUACAUCCAAGUCGCGCGUCACAGCUUCCUGCUUGCGGAGAAUCCGCCAUCGCUGAUGCAACCCACCAAUCGUGCACACCAGUGCUUGCGGCCAAUUGGCAAUCGCAAAGCACACUCCCAUUCAAGGCCUACAUACACCCUCCUACAUCCAACUCUCCAUUCGUAUACGGGCAGUACGUGCGCUUACUAUUUAUUAUUCACGGCAUUGAGGAUGGUAUCAUGGUACACUCAAAGACGGGGUUCAACUCCCAGACGGAGCUCUGUUGCAUCUGGAGUGGGUGA